AUGACGCUACCCACGCGGCUAAGUUCCUCCACUGCCGUAACCGUGCACUCGUCAGGUGUUGCACACUCGUCGCCAAUCGUUCACUCUUCGACAUGUUUACAUGCCGGUUCACCACGUGUGGCGUGGCUCCCGGAAACUGCUGUCACGGUUCGUCUAGAGUCCGUUCAAGCGCUGGACGGACGGCCCCGAUCGGACCAUGCGAGGCCGUCAUACGUUCUGCGACGAGGAAUCGUCGCCGCUGCGACCGCUCAGGUGGCGGGAACCGGCAGCACCCAUCGGCUCCGGGAUAUGGGCGUGUCCCGGAGAAUGGGCAUUAGUGGGUCGAGACUAGUCCUAAACAGCGCUACUAGCGGUGUUACAAAUGCCACUGGUGGCAUCAGUGGCCGUAAACAUGGGCCGUGUGGCGGGGCUGUUAGCGCGGGUGAUAGCAGCCUCGGUCGCCGCGACAGGCAGGAGCAGACGUUGGGAUGGGGUGUUAACGGCUGCGUAGAUGGCGGUGGGAUUGAGCGAAGACUGUCACAUCGGUCGGCUGCACACUCGCCGCAGCAGCUGCAGCAGACGCAGACGCACCGGGGAGCCGUUACGGUUUCGGCCGUUCUUAACAGCCCCCCAGGCCAGCAACUGCCAGCGAAGAAGCCGUUCACUCCCCGCCAGCGCCCCUCCUCCAACCCCUCGGAGCUCAGCUCGCCUUUUCCCGCCGUCUCCCCUGCCGCUGCGCGCCAGAGCGGGAACAACGACGGCGGAAGCGGAAGCGGGAGCGGAAGCAAGAGCGCGAGGGGUAGCAGGGCCGGUAGCGGCGGAAGGGGGGGAGGCAGAGGACGCAAGCACGCGAGCAACUUGGUAAGCAACCCCGGCGGGGGCGGCGGCAAUGGCGGGAACCGCAGCGGCAGCGGCGGCAGCAGUAGCGUCGAUCGCGGCGGCGCUGUGGGGCUACGCAUGGGCGCGGUCGGCUUCGGGGGUUCCGCCAGCGAGGCAGAUGGCGGAGGAACGGCAUUGGCUGUCGGGGCAUUGGCCGGGGGAUUCGACGUGAAGGCAUUGGGGGGAGGGGAAGCAAAAGAGAUGGCGGGCAGCAGUGCGAUUGGUGGUGGCGGUGGUGAUGGUGGUGGUAAUAGAGCGCAAGUGGCGGCAGGAGAAAUAGGGGCGUUAUUACCCUCAGAUGCGUCAGCUUUGCCCGGUCCUGUGGCGGCUGCUGCUGUGAAUGGCGCUGAUGGUGGCGCUGCUGCUGCUGCAAGCGCACAGCAAGUGGAUGGCGCGAAGUCGGAAGAGGAGGAGGCGGAGGGAGCUGGGAAAGAGGGUCAGGAGCAGGAGGAGGAGGGGAGAGCAGAUGUGGAUGCGCGGUCUGGUUCACCUGGUAACGGAUCAUUGCGUGGCGGGGAUAGUUCCGGCGGAGAGGGGGACGAGGCGGAGGCGGAUGAUCCGGAGAGCAACGAGGAGGCGGUUAUGGCUGCGCGGCUGUCCAUGGCGAGCCUGGCUGCGGGCAUCGCCAGUCAGCCCCACUAUGACAGUCCUGGCGCCGACAGUGAUGGUGAUGGCGACGGUGGCGGUGGCAGUGGCGGUGGCAGUGGUGGUGGUGGCGGCGGAGGCGGCAGGGGAGGCGGGGGGAGUGCGAGCGGUGGGGGGAGCUCGGCGGGGAAGGCGGACCGGUCGUUGGAGCUGGGCGAUUUGAUCGGCAUGAUUAAAGACGCCGAGUCCAACAUUCUGCUGCUGAACCGAGUGCGGUCGCGCGCGCUGGAGGAGCUGUCCGAGGCGCGCAUGCAGAACGACGGGCUACAGAACCAGCUGCGAAUCUUCCAGGCGCGCAUCGCGGAAGCCGACGCGAAGCUUCACCUGGCGGUGCAGAGCCGCGAGCGGAGCUCCCUGCUGGAAACGCAGCUGCGCGUGCUGCAGGAGCAGGUGGAGGAGCUGGGGGAGGCGGACGGCGAGGGGGGGAGGGAGGGGGAGGGGGAGGGGGAAGGCGCGGAGGCGGCGGAGGAGGAGGUGGUGGGGGAGCUGGAGAAGCAGGUGGCGGAGCUGCGCGCGCGGGUGGAGGACGGGGAGGAGGCGGAAGCGCGGCUGGAGAUUCUGCAGGGGCGGAACGAGGCGCUGCAGCAGGAGGUGGAGGAGGGGAUCCGCCAGGCGGAGGCCGCGCGGAAGAGGGCGGAGGAGGUGGAGCGGAGGCUGCGCGAGGAGAUGGAGGGGCUGACUGAGAGGCUGGUGCGCCUGCAGGCGGAAUUGGCGGUGUCUCAGGCGAAGGAGAAGGAGCUGGAGGAUGCGGUCGCGGUUAAGGGGCUGCUGGAGCGGGAAGUGGGGGAUCUGCGCGGGAAGGUGGCGGAGAAAGAGGCGGAGAUGGCGCAGGCUGUGCAGGAGCGCGAGGAGGAGGUGGCGCGGCUGCGGGAGAGGCUGGAGCGGGAGGUGGGGGAGCUGGGGAAGAAGGUGCGGGAGGAGGGGGAGCGGAGGCGGGCGGCGGAGGAGGAACGGGAGAGGCUGGAUGGGGAAAUCGCGGCGUUGAAAACGGAGGUGGAGGAGAGGGAAGAGGCGCUGAGGCGAGAGCUGGAGGAGGUGGCAGGGAAGCUAAGGCGAGAGGUGGAGGAGAGGGAAGCAGUGGUGGGGGAAGAGGUGCAGGAGAGAGAGGCUCUAGUGGCUAAGCUGAAACAGGAAGUGGAUGAGCUGACGGAAAGGGUUGGGGAGAAGGAGCGGGAGAGGGAGCGCGCGGAGGCGGAGGUGGGGGAGCUGCGGAAGAGGGUUGAGGCGGCGGAGGAGGUGGUGCGGGCGAAGCAGGGGGAGGUGGAGGUGCUCCAGGAGGAGCAGGCGGAGGAGCUGCGCGCGCUGGUGGCGCGGCUGGGGGAGGAAACCGCGCAGAUGCGGAAGGCGCUGCAGGGGAAGGAGCAGGAGGUGGCGGAGGUUGAAGCAGCGCGGGGGAAACUGGAGGAGGUGGUGAGUCGGACGGAAGGGUGGCUGGGGGAGGUCCGCGGGGAGAAUGCGGACCUGAGGGCACAGCUAGCAGCGCUGCAGCAGCAGAUGGAGGAGUCAGAAGAGAAAAGAGAGCUGGUGGUUCAGUUGACAGAGGAGGAGGAGAGGAAGCGGGAGGAGCAGCGGCAGCAGCUGGUGCUGCAGCUGCAGCAGGCGCAGGAGCGGGUGGGGGAGCUGGAGCGGAAGCAGGAGAUGGUGGCAAAGGUAGAGGCGGAGAUCAGCCUGCUACAGUCCGCAAUUGAGGAGGCGGAGGGACUGGAGAGGAUAUCCGCGGCUGUAGCAGAGCAGAACGAGGAGCUUCAGGGGGAGCUGGCAAGGCUGAGAGAGGAGGUGGCCGCGGCAGAGGCGGCGAGGGCGCGAGAGCAGGAGGAGAGGCAGGCGGAGAAGGAGGACUGGUGGCGGCUGGCUGAGGAGACAGAGGCGUAUCGGGCCCAAGUGGGCGUGCUAAGGAGCGAGCUGAUGAAAACGGACGAGCUGAUGCGAGCGCAGCUGGAGCUGUAUGAAGCCCAGAUGGCCGCUUUUCAGGAGAGUUUAGAUGCUGCGAAUGAGAGCGUGGAGGUGUAUAGGGCCCGGGCGGCGGAGGCGACAGCAGCGGCGGAAGAGGCCGCGGCGAUGGCGGCGGAUGCAGAGGCGGUGGCGGCGCAGUGGGAGGAAGCGGCCGCGUCCGGCGCGCUGGGUGAGCUGAAUCUGGGCGGAAUGACCAGCGGGUUUGUCACCAGUGGGAGCAGCAGCAGCAGCAGUGGAGGAAGGUGGCAGCGACCAGCGGUGGUUGCAGCAGGGGAGCUGCCUUGGGAAUACUGGAGUUCUCUUCUACUGAAGCUGGACGAGCUGCUGCUGCGACGGGUGUUGACAACUGAAGAGGUGGACGAGUUGAGAGACAUGGCGUGGCGGAGGGAGAAGGCGAUCAGAGACGCGUGGGAUUCUGUAGGGGGCGCGGAGGUGGUGCAGGCUGUGGCGGCGGGGGGGAACAGUGACGCGGUCCUGGGGAGAGAUGCGGUGGUGGCGGGUGCGCUGAGGGGGGUGCUGGGAGGGGAGCAGCCGCCGCUGCCGCCCCUGCAUGUGGUGCAUAUAGCUGCGGAAAUGGCUCCUGUGGCGAAGGUGGGAGGGCUAGCAGACGUGAUCACGGGGCUGUCGAAGGCUCUGCAGCGCCGGGGGCACCUGGUGGAGAUCAUUCUGCCCAAGUACGACUGCAUGGACUACUCCCGCAUCAACGACCUCAAGCCAUUGGACCUCAAGUUCUCGUCCUUCUUUGACAAUGAAAUGCACGCCUGCAAGAUAUGGAGGGGCAUGGUGGAAGGGCUGCCGGUGUACUUUAUAGAGCCGCUGCACCCCGCGCGCAUGUUCUGGCGGGGCACCUUCUACGGGUGCAACGACGACUUCCGGCGCUUCACGCUCUUCUGCCGCGCUGCCCUCGAGUUCCUCUACGUCUCGCACAAGCGCCCCGACAUCAUCCACACGCACGACUGGCAGACCGCUGUUGUGGCGCCGCUGUAUUGGGACGUGUAUGUGCCCAAGGGGCUCAACUCAGCGCAGCUGGCAUUCACGUGCCACAACUUUGAGUACCAGGGGUCGGAGCAUGCCAGUGCGCUCGCUGCCUGUGGGCUGGACGUGAACCGGCACAACGUGCCCGAGCGCAUGAGGGAUAACUUCAUGCACGACAGAGUCAACCUGCUCAAGGCGGGCAUAGUGUUUUCAGGAGUGGUUACCACUGUGUCGCCAACAUACGCCAUGGAAGUCAGAGGGCCCGAGGGCGGGCGAGGGCUGCACCUGACGCUGGGGCAGCACGAGAAGAAGUUUUUUGGCGUGCUGAAUGGGAUUGAUUCAGAGGUGUGGGAUCCCGCCACCGACCCGCUGCUGUGCUGCCCCUACAGCGCAGCUGAGCCCGAGGGCAAGGCGGAGAACAAGGCGUAUCUCAAGUCCAUGCUUGGGCUCUCGUCCUCAGGGCCUGAUGCACACAAGCCGCUGGUGGGGUGCAUCACGCGUCUGGUGCCACAGAAGGGAGUGCACCUCAUCCGCCACGCCAUCUACCGCACGCUGGAGCGCGGUGGCCAGUUCGUGCUGCUUGGAUCCAGCCCCGUGCCCGACAUCCAGAAGGACUUUGAGGGCAUAGAGCGGCAGUUCAGCAGCGACCCCAACAUCCGGCUGGUGCUCAAGUACGAUGAGAGCCUCUCGCACCUCAUCUACGCCGGCUCCGACCUCUUCAUCAUCCCCUCCAUCUUCGAACCCUGCGGCCUCACCCAGCUUAUUGCGAUGCGCUAUGGUUCCAUACCCAUCGUGCGCAAGACAGGCGGGCUCGCAGACAGUGUGUUUGAUGUGGACGACCCAUCCAUCCCCGUGGAGAAGCGCAACGGCUUCAGCUUCACUGCCAGUGAUGUCAAUGCGCUCAACUACGCUCUUGACCGAGCCAUAACAGCGUACUACGAGCGGCGCGAGUGGUGGGUGCAGCUGGUAGCGCACACCAUGGCCAUGGACUUCGGGUGGGAGCAAUCCAGCCGGCAGUACGAGCAACUCUACCACCGCUGCCUGCCUCACCGCCGCACCUGGUGA